AUGGCGAAGAAGAGAACUAUCGAAGAAGUGGAAGCUUCGACGACCGACAAUGGAGUACAAAAAACGAAGAAGAAGAAGACCAAAAAGGUAUAAAACAGUCAAAAUUUUGUGUUUUCAUGUUUCUAGUUGUUAUAUUGAAUUCGUUAACCGUCUUUUCUAGGGAAAAUGGACAAAUAAACAGCGCGUCCUUGUGUUCUGCUCACGUGGUAUUUCACACAGGUAUGAGUGUUUAGAGUUACAACCAGAUAAAGCCAAUAAACAAACAGAAAUAGCUGUUUUCUCGUUCUUCAACCAUAAAUAUGGUAACAAAACCGAUGAUGUUAGGAUCAAUCGCUGUAUAUCAUUUGAUGGUUUACUUUAUGACUUCAGUCACAGGCAACCCAAUUAAAGCUCAUGCUUUGAGUCACUGGAAUAACGAUCAUGGCGAAAAUAUAAAAGUUUGUAUUACCUUAUCUUACCUCAGUGGUUAAUUAUUGCCUUAAGGGCAAUGACAGCAAGUAAUACACUAACAUAUUUGUAUUAUAUUUACAGACUCUUGCAUUUCUGCCAAGAUCACUAUUCCAAUGACUCACAGGCUUUAGCGUGGCCUGCCUGUGCUUCAGUUCACUUGAGCUUAACAAGUGAGCAUUUUAUAACAGUUGUGGGCUUAGUAUCCUAGUCUUUGAGUGGACGUGAGGCAGAGGUUGACCUUGUCUUGAUACAAACCUCUUUCCUUUUGUUACUGAAAUUAAGCUUAAAAAUACAUACAAGGCUGUGCUCUAGCAGAUCCCAGUGGCCCCUGGCACCCAACUUUUGCUCCUGGGCGACUAGAAAAUCUCAGAUUUUUCAUACAAAUCAUAUGCUGGGCACCCUAGAUUUUACAGGUUCAGAGUACUGGGCACCCUUCAAUUUUUCUUAGAGCACAGCCUUGACAUAGUUAGUAUAAGAAAAACAUUAUUUACAUAAUAAAGCACAGGAAGGAUUGUAUCAAAACAAGGUCAACUCCAGCUUCGUUUCUACCAUGGGCUAUUGUUACCAAACUGAUAAUGGUAGUAACAAAGAGAGCUCAAGGUGUGGCUCCAAAGCACCUAAAAAAUCAUUUUUUUAUCAGUGAGAGGUAAUUAGUUGAAGGACCAAAUGAUUAUUAGACAUGUUUUGUUUAUAUUUUUCCAGAGCCAGACACCUAAUGCUUGACAUACAGACUUUGCUGCCACACUCUAAAUCAGGUUUGUAUGAUUUAUGUAAGCAAUAACACAAAAUAUCAUUCAACAGUCUGACCACAAUAUAAUUUUUAAUCUUUAUUUAAGGUGGCAAAUUAUGUACAUGUAAUUCUUAUGUUAAAUUAUUUUCUCUUUUCUUUUUUUUCUAGAAACUAAGCUUGACCGCAAAGACAAACUCUUUGUUGUAAAUGAGGUCUGUAGACAACCUAUGUCCUUGCUUGGUUUUGUGCUAUUUUACAUUGGGUUUUAUAGUAAUUUAAAUUUAUUGACUUCAGGUCUGUGAAAUGAAGAACUGUAACAAGUGUGUCUUUUUUGAGAUGAGAAAAGGGCAAGACCUUUUUAUGUGGUAAGUUUUAAAUUAAGUUGUUUUCCCUGUGUUGAUGGAUAGUACAUUAUUUUAAUGCAAUUGCAUUGUACUGUUUUAACUAAAUUUGCCUGUAUAUUAUUCUUUCAGGUUUUCUUGCACACCACAUGGUCCAUCUGCAAAGUUCUUAGUUGAAAAUGGUCAGUUGAAAGUAAUUUUUAGUUGUGGUGAUAUAAAAUCCAAUAAUGUUAAAUUUGUUGGAGUUUGAUUUCUCUCUUUUUUUUACUCUUCUUUCCAUCUCUAGUACACACAAUGGAUGAACUUAAAUUAACUGGAAACUCAUUAAAAGGAUCAAGGCCAAUACUGUCUUUUGAUCAGGUAUGAGAAGCACCUUAAACCCAUUUAAAAGUGACACUUCCUGGGGAUAGUAGAACAAGAUUUUCAUUUGAAAUUCCCGGUCAGAGUUUUCUGGCCUUUUUUUUUUUUUGAGUCAAGCUCAUUUGGAUGUGUUUUAUAAAAUCUUUAAUCAAAGUUGACCACAUGGGACCUGUUAACUCCCAUAUGGAGUUUACAUCUAAUGCUUAUGGGUGGUUGACUAAGUGUGAAUGUUUUAAGAAUCCCAUGGAAUGUUAACUUAAGACUAAACUGUUAUAUAGAUCUAGCGGAGGCACAUGUGUUCAAGCGGUUAACACCUCGAACCCUGAAUCUGGAGGUCUGGAGUUCAAGCCUUGCCCGUCGCAUUGUUUCCUUAGACAAGGAAGUUUACUUAACUUUGUCUCUCUUCACCAGGUGUAUAAAUGGGUACCAGAGACAUACUGCUGGGGGGUAACCCUGCAAUGGUCUAGCAUCCCGUCCAGGGAGGCAUAGCGAUACUCUUAGGCAUGCCUCGUGUAAGGAAACCGGGAUAAGCUCUGGUCGGUUAGGCCUUUGGCUCCUGUGCGCAUAUAUCUAUUAUCUGUAAAAAAUAUGUGCAUGCUUUUCUCUUCCUUUACCUGGCAGCACUUUGAUGAAACAGCUCAUAACUCACUUCUAAAAGAAAUGUUUACCCAGGUUUGUGCAAUUCAGCCUGAAGGAUUUGGCUGUUUUUAUUUUCUUGUUGUUCUGCUUGUUUUCUUUUCUUUUCUUUUCUUUUUUUUUGAGUAUAAUCCUAGAGGUCAUGUUUGGACAUAAUUACAUUUCUUAUUGCAGAUUUUUAGCACACCUUGCUACCAUCCCAAAAGUAAACCAUUUGUAGAUCACAUUCUGUCGUUUUCAAUAGAAGACAAUAGAAUUUGGUUUCGAAACUUCCAGGUAAAUACACUUUAAUUAUUAUUUUUUUCUUGAAGAGUUCAAAACUUUCAAAGGAAAACACAUUAUUUUGAUCUUCUGUCUUUUUUCUACCUUACAUUUUUGACGAAUUAACUAUUUUUCAGAUUGUUGAAGAGGAUGGAUCCUUGCUAGAGAUUGGUAUGGUGCUUUAUUCUACGCUCUCUGAUCACCUAUACACUUAUAGAGGUUUUAACGCUUGUAUUUAUAUUUUUAUCUCUUGACUGGUUACUACCUUGUUAUUUCAGGACCUCGGUUUGUUUUAAACCUCAUAAGAGUAUUCGAAGGAAGUUUUGGUGGCCCAACAUUGUAUGAAAACCCGCGUUAUCAAUCACCCAAUGAGGUAAGACACAAAACAAACAUGUACUUCCAGGAUACAUGCAGACGUUAUAAAGAAUGUUGUUUUAGCUGCAAUCUUGGACAGAAUAAAAAGGAACAGCAAACCCCCAUCCCCCCCCCCCCAAAUCAAGGAUGAAUCUGCCCAAAAGCCAAAACGCUCCAUUUCCGCAUCCUUGAUUUGGGGGGGGGGAGGGGGUACAAAUUUUCCAUCUAUUUUGUCCAAGAUUGUGGAUAAUCACAGUGAAUGGAAGACAGUGGUUUCUUCCUGUAGUCAGUUAGCCCCCUUCUAGUUAGUGUCGGCGCAAAUUUUGGUUGUGCACACUCCUGCCGCCGCCAUUUUGGAAAACGAGAGGACUCUGGGGACGAAGUAGUCGAAGUUGUUCUUCGACGCAGGUACCAAGCGCUGCAAAAAUUCCAAAGCGUUGCCUUGUGGGAAAAAAAGGCGGGAAAAUUCCCUCUAUGUUGACUUUACAUGUUAAUUGAAAAGUGUCCUUGCACAUCCACGUUUUUCUUAAAAUGGGGGUCUCUAUAACUCGCCUUUCUUUCUUCGCCGUGGAGUUGACCUACUUCUUCUUUCUUAGUAUCGUCGGAUGAUUCGUAAACAAGCUGCCCAGCGGUAUCGUGAUCGCGUGGAGUCGAGGCAAGCUCUUGAGGAUCGCCGGGAAGCCAACAAAAAUAUUCCUAAUGACAUUUAUGACGUCGAUGACGUGUUUCAUACGAUCACCCAAUCAGACAUUGAUAUUGCCAAGGCCAGAGAGCGUGCCAAGAAAAUGUAGGAUGAAAGAAGAGGAUAGUGAAGAAUGCGAGAGAAAGGCGAGUGUGUGAACACACAGGACUGGAUGUGUGGAUGAUAGAAAAGGAUCAAGUUUGAUCUGCUGCUUCUACCUACACCACACUAAACACACACAAAAAAGCGGGGAACUACUUGUCCGAUGAUCGACUGUUCUUUGCAGCCUUGCGUAAAUCUUGUCUCUGAGUGGGUCAUUAAUUGAAAGUAAUCAAGGAAUUUCCUGAACUCCCUGGUGCUUCAAACAUUUGGUACAACAGGACAGUAUUUCUUUUAUCACAUUUUGUCAAAAGGCGUUGUGGAAUAAAAACAAUUACACUUUGUACCACAAAUGCACUUAUCUUGGAAAGUUAUUUUCAGUUCGGUAAUACAAAUAGUGAUUAUCGUCAAGGGCAUUUUCUCAGUCUUUGAUCAUCGAAUGUUUGUAGAACAGCUGGAACCGGACUAUUUUUUUGGUCGAAAACCUUUGCUAACACUUUUAGUUUUAAUGUUGGCCGCGUUACUCGAAAUCCGCGCGUGUAAUUAUCGCAGGGAUUAAACGCAUGCGUGUUUCGGAAAGUGCGUUUCACUGGACCUUCGUUGCGGCUACGCUAUUCUAGGAUGACUGAUACACACCAUGGGGUCAAGAACCUACUCUUUGCCCUGUACAAUAUCCAAGGUAUGAAGUCAACAUUGGAUUUAAGUAAGCUUUUGAAACGGGUAUUGACUUUA